AUGUCAGAGGAUAAAUCUGCCUCUGCCUCUUUGAAAAAUAUUCUGAGUGAUCCAAAUUCAAACGGUAAUGUAAACAAUUUAUUGGAUGUUGUUGCUGCCUUAUUAUGGGAUUGCAAUUUUCAGUCGGCGAAGAAUUCUAAGGCAAUUCAAUCCUUCGUUCAAAGAUUUUCAGAACUUGCAAAUGUCAUAUAUGCUCAGCGUACCAAAUACAUGGACUUCGAAACGGUUAAAGUCAUCGGUCAGGGAGGUUUUGGUCGAGUGCAACUUGUCCGUCACAAAGACACCCGCCGGGUUUAUGCAAUGAAAAUGAUGAGCAAGCAGCAUCUUCUUGACCACUCACAAUCAGGGUACUGGGAGGAGAGAGAUAUUAUGGUUAAAGCAAAAAGUGAAUGGCUUGUCACUUGCCAUCAAGCCUUUGUUGUAAGUACUCUUGUUCUCAAGUUUUCUUUUUCUUUAUAUGCUUGUUAUUUGAUGUUCAUAUUUUUGGAUAUGCAAUUUCCUUGAUAUCGCAACAGACAGAGUCUUACUAAUCCUAAGAACGUUCUCUGGGAUAACUUUCUCCCUCGUGGAGCUUAA